AAAUUAAUGGGACCCACUGAGGAAUGGUUCCUUCGAUUUUCCACGCUACCGCGGACCGCAGUCUCUCCCCCUCUCCCUCUCUCUCUCUCUCUCUCUCUCUUCUCGGCAGUAUCUGCAAUAAGCACUGUUAGCCCGCUCUGAUUAUAGUUCAAUUGUCUCCGCCAUGGCUAACAGACAUACAAUUAUUCUGAUGCAGACUUCUCCAAAUAGAGCAACUAGAACUUUUAUGGAUUAUGACUCAAUAAGUCAAGCUAUGGAUGGUAUAUGUGGACUGUACGAAAGGAAGCUUAAAGAGCUAAAUCCAGCAAUCAGAAACAUCACAUACGAUAUUGGAGAUCUCUACAAUUUCAUUGAUGGCCUUGCUGACAUGAGCGCUUUAGUUUACAAUCACUCAAUUCAGGCUUACUUGCCAUAUGAUAGGCAAUGGAUUAAGCAGCGAACAUUUCAACAUCUCAAUAGGUUGGCACAUUGAAUGGUGUUUGCUAUGCUGCAGUGCUUUCUCUUACCAACUACUUGGAUGCUUUUGUAGAAUUAAAUCCAACAGGAAGGAAAGAGUAUCAAUUACUGGGUCGAAGGCUUUUUUGUGCUCCCCCAAUCUUUCUCUCUCUCUCUCUCUCUCUCACGGGAGAGGGGGUUUGUUGUUGUCUCCUGCACAUAUAUUUAGAACAACAAGAACUUUCUGCUCAAUUUUCAGAUGAGAACCAACUUUUGCUUGGCACUUGGAUCUAUGGAAAUGUAUUUUCUUUGUUUGUGGAAGCUUGACCUUGAUGUUGGACACUGUAGUCUUAUCAUUCUUAUGUGAACUUAAUUGCCUGGUUA